AUGUCUUCGGGUUACUCCUUGUUGGGUCUAGUGGCUGAUUUUGCCAUGAUUGUUGGACCUUGUGUGGGUUAUAUGGAUCAAAUUCGAACUAUUCGCAAUAAAAGAUCAAGUGGAGGAUUUAGUAAAUUUAUAAGUUUGAUUUUAUUGAUUGCCAAUAUUCUUCGUUGUUUCUUUAGAUAUUACAAGGAAUUCGAUAAUGUAUUGCUCUAUCAAUCCAUUCUCAUGAUUGCUUGCCAAUUAAUAUUGAUUUUUGUUUGUAUCCGAUUUCCAUCUUCGGAGACAGGUUCAAUUUUCUCUCAUCCAAUCAAAAGCUUCUGGAAUUGGACUGAUUUCUUGAGCUAUUUCAUUUUCUUGGUCUUCUUCACUGUUUGUACUGGUGUCAUUUCUUUCAUUUUGCAUCCAAUGCUUCAAGAAUUAUACACUGAAAUGCUUGGAACAGUUGCUUUAUUUACUGAAGCUGUGUUAGCUGUUCCUCAAGUGAUUAGAAAUUGGCAAACUGGAUCAGCAGAUGGAUUGAGUUGGGUAUUAUUGGGCACUUUCUUUUUGGGAGACUCCUACAAGACUGUUUACUUCUAUCUCAAGAAUCAACCUUUUCAGUUUGCGUUGUGUGGUUCAUUCCAGCUUUUCAUUGAUUUUGUGUUAGCUUUCCAAAUGCUAAGAGAUCAACAAUCAAAGAAGAAGCAACAACCACGUGGAGGAUUGUUGGGAUAUUAA